AUGGUUGGCUGGCAUUUCGAGCAAGAGUUGGAGUACCUUCUGUGCCUAGGGCCGCUCCUGCUCUCAAUUUGGGCGAUGCCGACGCUUCAUGAGGCGUUCACUGGAGAGCUGUCAUGGGGAAGGCAGACGCUUCUCUCCCCGGCCGAGAUGCUGCAGACAUGUGGGAAGUUGGUGUUGAACAAGCCCGCCUUGGAAUCGGGAGAGUGGUGGCGAAGUGUCACCCACAUCUUCGUGCACAAAGACAUGGACCACUUGCUGCAGAACAUGCGGGGCAUGUUGGCCAAUGGAUUCGUCGUGUUUCACGAACACGGCUGGCAAGGAACCUAUGGAGUCUUCCUCUGCAGCGGCGUGCUGGCCGGUCUGAACACCUGGGGGCGAUCUUUCCAAACUGAGGCGCAGCUGGAGGGAUCACUUCCCCGCGCACCGGACCGCCUGGGACCGGUGGCAAUCCCGGAAAAAGCGCGCGGCUGGUGGGACACGCUGCGCCGCCGCACGGCGGAGGUGGGAGGGAGGCUGGUGGAGGCUCGGAGCGAAGGCUGCGGGGCCUCGGCCGGGGUCUCCGGGCUCAUGGGCUUCGGCCUCGGCGUGUCUCUGUUUCGCUUCUGGGAGGCCUCCCAGGCCCGCGGCUCCCGACAGGUGCGCAGCACCAUCCAGUCGACAGCUUCACUUCUCAGCAUCGUGCAGUCUGUCCACUUUCUCGCAGAGGAGUGGAGAUCCAUGAAGGGGGACGUCGGGAUCACUGGCAUUGACCACGCUGGGCAUCUGACAGGCUUCACUGUCGGCUUGGCUCUGGCGCUUGCGUCGCUGGCUUGGCGGCACGACGGACCGACCAGGUGA